UUCUUGCAAAUCUCCCACACGUGGCUAUCUGACGUACCCAAUGGUAUAUUAGGGUCUGCAAGUUGGGUAUCUAUUGCAAAUCUGAUGCGUUGCUGCAAAGAUGGCCUUAAAGUUUGAAGCUUCAUUCCCCGAAGGAAUCUGUCCAGGAUGGAGCGUAAUCGUAAAAGGAGAGACAAGCUUCAGCGAAAACGACUUUGAAAUCAACUUCCUUAGUGAGUCAGGAGACCAGAUUGCUUUUCAUUUCAACCCUCGUUUCUCAGAGGGCAACAUCGUCUGCAACUCCUUCCUGGGGAGUCGCUGGGGUCAAGAGGAACGUACUGACACGUUCCCAAUGGAAGUCAAUGAGCCUUUCCUGGUGGAAAUAUACUCAGAUCAGCAGCAUUUCCAAAUAUUUGUAGAUGACAACAAGAUAAUGCAAUACAGGCAUCGAAUGAAACAGUUUUCUGGAAUCACCAAAGUGCAGAUUUUGAAUGACAUCAACAUUUCCUCAGUGGAGAUCACAAGACGAGAGCUAUUUCCCUGAAGCACGCAAUUGUCAAUUCUGAUCUAUUAACCUUUGAGUUCCAUAGAGGUGGGCAAAAAAAAAUGAAUUCCUAUACAUAAUAAAGUGAUUUAAUGCAUGUAAAAUUUGACUCAACUCAAAACCACACAAAUAUCAACCGCAGCAAUUAUGAAAUGAAAGUUUUAGCUAAUAUGCAAAGUUUAAGUUCUCGAGUGAUUAAUUGCAAAGGAACACUAAUAUUUAAGUUGGCAUGAUCUUAAUAACGGUUUCUAAGUGGCCUUUUCAUUGCAAGAUCAGUAUCAGCUUAAAUAAACACGUUACAUAUCAGGAAACAUGUUUUAGAGCCAUAAAUCUCGACAGAGCGAAUACAGGGCACGCAGCUCUAAAAACAUGGCAAGAAUUUUUUUUAUUUCGGAAGCAAAUAAUAAGAGCGCCCACUUUAUCAUUGCUUUUUGUACAUAAAGGAAAUUUGGAAUAGACAGGGUUGUUUGUUUCUCAAUGUAAAAAGUAUUUAAACAAUAAAACCAAUACAGAGUAAA